ACGCGCAGCGCUAACGCGGCAGACAAUGGAAGGACUCCCGACGGGACCGGAUCACGGCCGACGGCGGCGGUAGCGGCCGGGCGCUGUGGGAUUUCAGUGGCGGACCCGUAAUAACAAGUCGGCGGGCUCGUUGAUUUGCGUCGGCGCGGGCGUUUGUCGCAGGGGAGGGGGGGGGGAGAAGGAGGAUGUGUGGCGCGCCGCCGCCGCCGCCGCCGCCGGGUCCAGUCGUCCUGAUGCGGUUGAAGACGUUGGAAGCGUCCGACUCCUCUACGGUUCCCACGGAGCGAGGAUUUGUCGGAGGUUGCGCGGUCGGGCGAGCCGACCGGAGAAGGACCCCGUCCGCCGUGCUGCCCGCUCGCCGAAAAUGAUGAAAACUCUCGAUGAAAACAAGGAGGAGGUGGUGUCGGGCGGUGACACCAUGGAGGACAAGGAGAACAACCUGAAAACGGCCAGAUUGUGGCGGGACGCUGCCCUGCGCUCCAGAAAGCUCCGAGACAAUCUGCGCCAGCUCACUCUCUGCUCCAAAAACAACCAAAAGAUCAUACUCCCCGAGGAUAUAGGGGAGAUAGAAGUGCUGAAUUUGGGCAACAACUUCCUCCAGGAGCUGCCGGAGGGGCUGGGCUCCACCCUCGGCAACCUGCGUAUCCUCGUUCUUCGCAGGAACAAGUUCGUGGCCGUUCCUUGUGUCGUUUUCGAACUCGGACACCUCGUGGAGCUCGACAUAAGCCACAACUGCCUGAGAAGCUUCUCCGAGGAUAUCGGUAAACUGAAGGAGUUGAAAAAACUAAGUAUCAGUCACAACAAAAUCCAGUAUUUGCCGUCGCAAAUCGGAGCGCUUCAGCUUCUGGAGGAACUGGACGUUAGCUUCAACGACCUCCGGGAUUUCCCCAGAUCCUUCUCACAGCUGAAGAAACUGCGCACCCUGGAUGCUGACCACAACAAGCUAAACCAGUUCCCCCCCGAGAUUCUUGCCCUCGGUGACCUGGAGGAGCUUGACUGCUCUGGGAAUAAGUUUGAGGCACUGCCAAGUGACAUUAUGAAGCUGCAGUCCAUCAAAAUAUUUUGGCUCAGUAGCCUUCAUAUUUCCAUGUUACCUGACACGUUCUGUCACCUGCACAAUCUUGAAAGUCUGAUGUUGGAUAGUAACAACCUCACAGCGUUGCCUCCCUCUUUUGGCAACCUUCAUAGACUAAAAAUGAUUAAUUUAUCCUCAAAUAAUUUUGAGAACUUUCCCCAUGUUAUUUUGAGCAUUGCAGGAUUAGAGGAGCUUUACUUGAGCAGGAAUAAACUAACUUUUGUUCCAGAGGAAAUGAGGCACCUGGUCAAAUUGGCAAACCUUUGGUUGGACAAUAACAACAUCACAUAUUUGCCUGAUUCUAUUGUGGAGCUGGAGAAAUUGGAAGAGCUUGUUUUACAGGGUAAUCAAAUAGCCAUACUUCCGGAUAACUUUGGAAAGCUCUCAAAAGUGAACAUUUGGAAAGUGAAAGAUAACCCCCUUAUCCAGCCUCCUUAUGAGGUCUGUAUGAAGGGGAUUCCCUACAUUGCUGCCUAUCAGAAGGAACUGGCUAAUUCCCAGCUUGCUGUUAAGCCAAGGCUCAAACUAGUCUUGAUGGGAAUGACAAAUUCUGGGAAAACACUGCUCAGACAGAGUGUGGUCAACAAACAGCAGAAUACUAAAUGUAUUCAGGGAAACAAAGGAAUAGAGGUGACGAACUGGGUUGCAGACGCUGAACGCAGUCUUACAUUUCUUGUGUAUGAUUUGUCAGGGAUGCAAAAUUAUGACCUCAUCAAACCAUUUUUUCUGUCCCCUGGUGCUUUAUACAUUCUUGUUGUGAAUCUCAAAACAUAUUCACCCAAGACCUUUUAUGCUCACGUGGGUUAUUUCCUCCACCUCCUCAGUGCCAAAGUACCCCAUGCUGUAAUGUGCUUGGUGGGCACACACAUGGACCUAUGUGGAGACAUGGAGUUGGAAGAGAAGAGUCUGGACAUUCACAGACAGAUUGCCCUUCAAGAGAAGGGAGAAACUCAGUGCCUGAAGAGCCUCGUUCAGCAGGUGGACCAGGCCUUGCAGCAGGGCUACAACCUGCGCAGCUCCAGCCCUCACAUCCUUUUCUAUGGAGUCUCUGAUAAAAAUUUAAGACGAAAGAAAGCCCAACUGCAGUACAUGCUCAACCAUAGAUUGCAGCUUCUUUCUCCUGUUCUGUGUGUCAGUUGCACUGAGACCCAAAGGAACAUCCAAAGGUUCAGGGAGAAGCUCAUGUCUGUUGCAGAUCAUAGGGAGAUCUUUCCCAACCUUCACCGAGUGCUUCCCAAGUCCUGGCAGAUGCUUGAGGAGUUGCACGUAAAGCCCAAAGACCUAUGGCUCUCCUGGUGGGACUCUGCCCGUUUAGGCCUCCAGGCAGGGCUGACAGAGGACCGUUUGCAGAGCGCCUUAUCCUACCUGCAUGAGAGUGGAAAACUUCUCUACUUUGAGGACAGUCUCACCCUCAAGGAGUAUGUCUUUCACAAUCUGCCACGAUUCAUUGCAAUUCUGAACGUCUUCUUUCAGAGAGAUGAAUCAACGCUUUUGGACAGGCUUUUGUCUGAGUAUGAUGGAGAAGACAAGGGGAGUCUGAUUUUAGAGUGGGAGAGGGGAGAGAACCUCAGGUUUUCCCAUCUGCAGCAUCAUGUGGAGGGCUUUCUUCAACAUGGCCUUCUACCCUCCAAUGUCAUCUGUCUUCUCCUAAGACCCCUUAUCCAGACUCAGCAAGACCUUCAUCUCAUCAUGGAGCUUCUGGAGAAGAUGGGUAUCUGCUACUGCAUCAACAAACCACGUAGCAAUCUUUUAAAUGGAGCCACAGUGUGGUACAAGUUCCCCAGCUAUGUCAGCAAUGAAGAACCCCUUGCAGAUGCCUUGGUGACUGGGAGCUCUUUGUCUCUGUGUCAGUUCUUUUCUGUAGAGCAACUGCAGAUUGAGUAUAGCUUCCCUUUUAUUUUCCCUCCUGGGCUGUUUGCACGAUUCAGCGUGCAGAUAAACAGUCAUGUGGUUCAAAGGUCAGAUGGUAGGCAUCAGAUCUUUGCCUAUCGUGGUAAAGUCCCUGUGGUGAUCAGCUACAGUCCCUCGAGGGCCAAACUAAAAGCAGAGACCUUGUCUAUUGCUAGUCAUGCUUCCCUACCAAAUAUAUGGACGGCAUGGCAAGCUAUUACCCCGCUUGUAGAAGAGCUGAAUGUGUUGCUACAGGAGUGGCCCGGACUCCACUACUCUGUACAUAUUCUGUGCUCCAAGUGCCUCAAGAGAGGGUCACCCAACCCACACACCUUUCCAGAACCCGAGAUGUGCGUGGAAAAGAUGGUCACGGAGCUCCGCGCACAUAAGGCACACCACACUCUGUGUGAUGCAGGACGUAAGGCACUGCCCCCGCACGAAACACCAAGUUUUUAGGUAGUCCCG